AUGUCGUCUCCCUCACCUCAGAACGUCGAGCCAUGCAUCCCUGCCGCCAUCGAAUGGGAAGUAAACCAGAAGCAGCACCAUAUCGCCGAACCCGACCCGCCCAGUCACAGCAUUACUUUCGACAUGCAGUUUUGUGCCGAAACGCGAAGCGCUCUCUUCAAGAUAUACGUUCCGAUAUAUCUCAAGGGCUUUGUCAGUCUGUCGCAAAUAUGUAUUAUCAUCGACCCUUCCUCUCUCGACUCACUCAUAUACACCUUCGAUCCGACAAUCCCAAGUUCAGUGCGUAAGAAGCUCAACUGUACGACUGUCCGGCUUGGCUUCAGGCUAAAACCGGGACGAAAUCUCGUCAUCAUCGCCCCGACAUCCGCGAAUGCGCCCCUUGCACCGAUUCGAGUACAAUCAGGCAAAGUGCUUGAUGCUAUACGAGGGAAGACAAUUCAACUCUCUGGUCACCAGAACAAUGCCCCGCCACCACUUUAUGACAACGACAAUAACGACGAUCGGUCUCAAUCAGCUCUGCCCAACCCAAAGAAACGACUACGACAGAACAGCCAAGCGUCAUCAACGCAUUUGAUAGGUUCUGUCCUGGCCGAGCUCAAAGAACUACGGAUUGCAUAUUCCUUGACGCUAUCCGAUAAUGCACAACUAAAGAAGCGACUUGAGGCCGUGGAAUCCGACGUCGAGCAGUUACAAGGCGAAACCCACCAUACCAGCAUGAAACUAGAGUCGGUUGAUGGCACAGUGCUUGAGCUCGACGAGAACCUGGAGGGAUUGACUGAGAGAGUUGAGGCCAUUGAGGAAAGCAAUCAUGACAGCGACAACAAGGCCAUAUUGAAAGACGAAAUAAUUGACGAGAUCGCGACGCACCUGUGCGCCCAUUAA